UAGUUUUCUGGGAAGAUUCUGAAUAAAAAUUGACAAAAUGCACUUGCUUGCUGGCAAAGUGUGUUGUUGAUGCUUCAAUUGACGCCGAAGGCUUUAUGAUACACAAACCAUGUUCGUCUUCAUCCUGCCGUUUCUUGUAGGCCCCGCUGCCGGCGGCUUCGGCAGUGGUCCUAAGAUUCUUGUGGCAGAUUAUCAGACUAAUUGGACCGGUUUAUUAACGUUUCUAACAACGGACCAGGUAAUUUGGCUGAAGUACAGCAAUAAAUCUGUUGGAAAUAUUGAGUGUCUUGGAUGGAAGAAAACGGCACUCACGGGAAAUAGUUACACUUUCGUCAAAAGCUACCAUGAAGGAUGGCUAAAGAAGUCAUUUACUCAAAAAGCGGAGCUCAUUAACGUAACAGAAAAACCUGCAAUUAAAAUGCUGAGUGGUCCAUACGCAGGUGAAAGAUACAUAAUGGAUUACUGGAAUUUCAACGAAAAGUGUGCCUUGUUUUUUGGUCCAGAGUUUGCUGAACAAUUUCAGGAUUUCUUCAACUAUUGCAUUUAAUGGGUCGCUAUGUCAGCAGUAUGUGUGGAAUAGUCACGUUAAAACUUCGCGUGUAUGUAACGCUGCGUACGCCGAAACUUGUCGCGGUACGCGCUACGAGAUUUACAAAAUAAACUGCGCACCAUAAGCAGAUAUUUGUGUCGGUCUGCACAAUUUCGAGGUGUGAAUGCCAAUAAACUAUAUUUGGCAUAUAUUAUUUCCUAGUGUACAGGGUAUAUUGUUGUGAAAUUAAAGUCAAUAAAGAUUUGUUGAAUAGA